UCUAUUUUUCCCCCUUCUUCCUCGUACGCGAAUUUGUGUCGCCUCUGCUCUAUCCAAUCGACAAUUUUUCUCGUUCGUACCUUCCACUGACGUGAUUUGGAUUUCUGAUCGUUUGAUCAUCCUUCUGUCUCUUUUAUUGUAGGGUUGAGAAGUCACCAUGGUUUCAGGGUUAAUAAACGCUAACCCCAUUGUGUAUGGAAAAAAGGACCGUCGAUCUCGAAGUGUGCCUAGUGAAGUGGACGAAUAUGCAAGAGAAGAAAUUGACCAACUAGAAAUUUUUGAUAUCCUUCAGUGCAUUUUAUGUGUUUCUAUUGUACAUCAUAUUAGAGAUAUCAAAGAUCCCGAACACCCUUAUUCAUUGGAAGAGCUGAAAGUUAUAACAGAAGAUUCCAUUGAGGUGGAGGAUGGCCGCAGUUCUGUAAGAGUCACGUUUACACCAACAGUUGAGCAUUGCAGUAUGGCUACAGUUAUUGGCUUGUGUUUGCGGGUCAAAUUGAUGCGAUCGUUGCCACCUCGAUUCAAGGUGGAUAUCAGAGUAGCACCGGGUACACAUGCCACUGAAGCUGCAGUAAAUAAACAGCUGAACGACAAGGAAAGAGUGGCUGCGGCUUUAGAAAAUCCCAAUAUUGUCGACAUGGUCAACGAUUGCCUUGCGCCUUCUUAUGAAUGAACAAGACAGAGGAAGAUGAUACAGUAAUAGAAACUAAACUUUUUUUAAAGUCUUUGUUUUUUUUUAGCAUUUUCAUCUAUAACUUGAUUUGUUCUUCCCAGUUCCCACUUAUUUCGUGUUUUGCUUCUGUUUGUGUUGUAAAAUUGUGUUUAGCAAGCUGUUCGAUUGAAACAAUAAUUUAUUUUGUUCUAUAUAUAUAUAUAUAUAUAUAUGUAUGUAUGUAUGUCAAUAUAUUUUGUUAGUGUUGUAAUGAAUCAAAUAUUCAACUCACAUUUGUUAGUAUGAAGUUUUAU